GGAGCUGCUCUGUGACUCUGUGCAAAGGGCAAAGCUUCCCCUUCAGCCUGAGCAGAGCCUUCAUGCAGCAGCAGAACAAACACAUUCCUGUUGGAAGACUGAGACAGAGACAUUAAAGUUCCUUUCACGCAGGCUCGGAGGAGAUGGCUGAGAAAAAAGCCAUCUUGUUCAACUUCUGGGGAGUUGCAGUCUCUUCCAGACCACAUGCUGUUUUCCACAAGCUGGAGGAAUUGCAUAACCUUCCAGGUGGUUUUCUGUCCAGUGUGGCGUCUCAAAAGGACGGCGCCAUGAGCCGGGCGGAGAGAGGUGAGAUGAAGCUUUCUCAGGUGAUCCCAGCGUUGGAGGCGGAGUGUGUGAAGGAGGCCGAGGUCAGGGCUGUGACUCUGCCGCCUGAUUGGUCAGUCAGAGGCCUGCUGGAGGAGCUCAGGGAGGCGAUGAUGGACGUCCAACCAGCCGUGCUGAAGACAGCUGCCAGUCUGCGUCGCAGUGGGUUACUGACAGCGGUGCUGGCCAAUCACUGGGUAGACGACAGCGCUGCUGAAGACGGUCCAGCCCGCAUCCUCUCCCUGCUGGGCGGCCAUUUUGACCUGGUCCUCCAGUCCUGUCGCUCAGGUCACAGGGUCCCCGAGCCGUCUGUGUUCAGCUGUGCUCUGCAGCACCUGGGAGUGACAUCACAACAGGCUCUGUGGCUGGAUGCAGAUGAGGAAGGUGUGAAGGCAGCAGAAGCAGCAGGGAUGAAGGCCGUCUUGGUGGGAAAUCUGGACGAUACUUUGGAUAAACUGGUCAAGUUUACUGGAGUUCAGGCUGUUGGAGCAGACAGUCCUCCACUAUCCUGCAGUCCUGAUGAAGUGUCUCAUGGUUACGUCACCAUCAGGCCUGGUGUGAAGACUCAUUAUGUUGAAAUGGGCUCAGGUCCACCAGUUCUGCUGUGUCACGGCUUUCCUGAGAGCUGGUACUCCUGGAGGUACCAGAUCCCAGCUGUGGCAGCAGCAGGGUUCAGGGUGUUGGCUCUGGACAUGAAGGGAUAUGGAGAGUCCACAGCCCCCGCAGACAUCGAGGAAUAUUCUCAGGAGCAGCUUUGCAAGGAUUUAAUCACAUUUAUGGACAAAAUGUCGAUACCGCAGGUCACCCUGGUGGGUCACGACUGGGGUGGCUUUCUGGUGUGGACCAUGGCUCAGUUUUACCCUGAGAGAGUCAGGGCUGUAGCAUCUCUGAACACUCCUCUGUUCCCUGCCGAUCCCUCAGUCCAUCCUGAAGAGAAACUGAAGGCCAUUCCCAUAUUUGAUUACCAGCUCUACUUCCAAAAACCUGGGGUAGCAGAGGCCGAGUUGGAGAAAGACCUGGAGAGAGCGUUCAAGAUUUUCUUUUUCAGCAGUGCUGAAGCAGCAAAGCGUCCUGCUAUCAGCACUGCAGGAGUCUGUGCUCGAGGUGGUCUGUUUGUGGGUCUGCCUGAGCAGAUUCCCCGGAGCGCCAUGCUGACGGAGGCUGACCUGCAGUUCUACGUCAGCCAGUACAGAGAGCGAGGCUUCAGGAGGCCGUUGAAUUGGUAUCGUAACGGAGAGGCGAACUGGAGGUGGAUGUGUUCUCGUCCCACUGGAAAG